ACCCGCUCACCCACCGCCUGCUGUACGCGCAGAUGGCGCGGCAGAGUGGCUGCACCUUCUUGGGAACAUCUGAUGAAGUGGAAGAUAUUGUGGACGACCUCUGUUCAGACAUCCUUAUAGACACUGAGCUAAUAGAACGUCUCGACUUCCCUAUUUACGCUCGAGACGUAUUUUGCGAACAAGUUGCUCUGUGUGGAAUAGAAGGUUUCGUUGAAUUUAUGAGGCCAGCUUGGAUUAAACAAAUAUUAAGUUGGCAGAGACCUGUCGGAUGUUUUGGGAAUGAGGUGGAGUUCCGAGAAGCAGUGGAGAAAGUGAAGUAUGAAAGGCGGCGUCGCAAGCGUGACGACGGCGUAAUGGCUCACGGCUGUUUGAUGCACUUCACGGGCGUGGCAUUGGCGGCGCUAGCGGCGAGCCUGCGCUAUCUGGCAGAGAACGGCGUCGUUAAUGCAGUAUUCUUGACGUAGUUAGCAGCUGCGGCCGUGUGAGCUCUUCUGAAGAAUCGGGAUUGGGAAAUGUCAUACGUUUUAAACACUACAUGUUGCCUUCACUCUUUGUUUCCUAUCACCUCACAUUAUAUGAAUAUGUUUAAUCACAUCACCAUGAAACAUUUUCAGGAUGUGCCGUAAAAAAGGUGGUGAAAAUUAGCUAGGCGAAAUGUAAAUAAUAUUUCAGCACAAAUACAUAAACCAAGCACCUAGCGCAUGAAAUUCCAAAAAUAAAAUACAGUAUAUUUCAAUAUAUGAAACGUAUCGUUAAUUAAACGUAACAGUUCAUGUUGUACUCCGCAACAGACACAUGUUGGCGUGUGUGUUAAGAUAUUAUAAAUAUACCAUUUCAUUUUCGUUCCUUCAAAAAAAUUUUCGUUAUGUGAAAAGUGAAGAACAUUCGAAAUGUUUCGGAUAGGACCUAUGUCUCAAUUUGCUCACGGUGAUGUGUAAUACAUUCGGUUAUGCAACUAUCAUUUUCUGCUCUCAUUUUUUUAUUUCCUCGACAUCCUAAUUCCACUUGUGUCUUCACAGAAGUUGGAUUAGAA